AUGCAUAGUGAAGCCUUUCCUCGUAUCAAGCGUGGCAAAUUCAUGCAAGUUGCCCGAAUAACGCAGGAAAGAUUUGACUACCCGAGAGCUGUAGGCUUCAUAGAUGGGAAACAUAUCCACAUCAAGAAUCCUGCGCGCUCGGGUAGUAUCUUUUAUAAUUACCAACACUACUAUUCUACCAUCCUUUUGGCUUUGUGCGACUGUGACCACCGCAUCAUCACCUAUGAUGUCGGAGCUCCAGGCCGCGCUAGUGACACUGGAGUCUUUCGCGACUCCGCUUUGAAGAGAUUCUUGGACAGACACGACGAUGUACUCCCGUUUACAACGGAGCUUGGAAACGUGAAAACCGUCCAAUAUCACAUUUUCGUGAACGGUGGUUUUGGCCAGGGUCAUAGGCAAGACUCUCUGGAGGCUGUCCAGAGGUUUGAGCCAGCACCGAACGCCGCCUAUUAUCUCCUUGAAAGAGAAGAACCAGAGUCUGGCACGGAAUCGGCUUAUACAGCGAGGGAGCGGCUCACGCAAUAUUAUACCAAUAAGAAUGGGCCUGCGAGAUCUUGA